GCAAAAGGAAGGGAAGAAGAAGAAAGAAGAAGCAUUUCCUUUCCUCUUCUCCUUCCCUGUGGCUUAAUUCACUGAGAGGUCGUGGCAAAUGCAUGUGAACCAUAGCAGUGAGAUUUCUUUAGCAGUUACUGAUACAGAGAUGAGCACAAAUUGCAAGAAUACUACAAAUCUGGAUGACUUGUGUGAGCAAGAAGACAAGAAAAUAGAAGCUUCUGUUAGUCCUGUUGAAGAAAAGAGAAAAGCACCAAGGAUCAAAGGGUGGGGCCUUAGAAAGUUCAGUACAAUAGUGUGUGAUAAGGUUAAGGAGAAGGGAAGAACUACUUAUAAUGAGGUUGCAGAUGAAAUAAUUUGCGACUUAUCAUCCAUGGAGAAAAAGGAUACUAAGUUCGAUGAGAAAAACAUACGAAGGAGAGUUUAUGAUGCAUUUAAUGUUUUGAUGGCAAUUAAUGUUAUUGCAAAAGACAAAAAGGAGAUAAUUUGGGUUGGUUUUCCUUGCAAUGGACUAGACAAGUUGGCAAAAACUGAGGAAAGAAGAAAAUUGUUACUUAAGAUCCAAGAAAAAGCAAAUUCUUUACGAGAGUUGGAGAACAAGUAUAGAGAUAUCAGCAAUCUUAUACGCCGGAACCAACUGUCACACAAGUUAGGGAGUGCUUCUUCCGACGGAAUAGCUCUACCAUUUUUGUUGGUUCGGACGAAUCCUAAGGCCACAGUAGAGAUUGAGAUCUCAGAAGACAUGCGAAUGGUGAAUUUCGACUUCCACGGAGCACCCUUCCACUUGCAUGAUACUGAUUCAAUACUCAAAGCUAUGCGAUGCGCCAGGUCUUCUGAACAAGAUCAAAACUUGGCAGAUACUUUGACGGAACAAAAAUCUCAGCAGCAGCAGUCUGCAUUGGUGCCAAGGGAUUAAGACACAGGAAGAAGUUUGGUGAACCGAAGCAUCAAAAAGAUAGAAGUUUGAGGUGUUAUGUCCUUGUCAACCCUUUCAUUUUGUAAGAACUUGAUGGAUGUGUUGGAUUUAGUCUCCAUUAGGUGGGCUGAUAUAUUAGUAACACACGGAUUUGUCAUUGUAAACAAACCCAUUAAAGUUAUCUAAUUUGAUAUUUUAAUCA